AUGUCGGCUACGUCUAGUCCGGUGGAGGCCAGGCUCCCGACGCGGUCCAACACCAUGCGGACCGUGAGCACGGGCACGGAACGCCGGGCAUCCGUGAGCGAUGACGAGGCUAUUCCUGGCGGCGAUAGCAAUGAGACCACCAACCUCCUUGUCGAGCGACUUCGCGCCUGGAAGCACAUGUGCGGAUACCUAGAGGAUUAUGUCUCUGUUACCGCCAAGGUGCAGAGAGGGAUGUCGAAGGAUUAUGAGAAAGUUCUGAAGACGGUCAACGAGCCGCUAAAGGAGGGUCACCAUUUCUCUCAGAGUGCAGGCGGUGUCUCGUCGUUCUUUGAGAACAUUCGCGCCAAUACCCAGGGAAUGAUCAACCUGUAUGCCGAAGGAGAGAAGAACCUCAAGAGCUCUGUGCUUCCGACGUUGGAGAAACUGCACAAGGAGAUCAAGGCCAAGGCGAAGGAACUGCAAACUGGCGCUUCGAAGGGCGCAAAGGCAGUCGAGAAGGCUCGUAACAUCACUCAAAAACACAUCGACCUUCUUGCCCAGCAAACGGCCGCGCUGGACUCGGCUGCCGGGAACAAGCUCAACACCUCGCAUGAUCCUUACAUUGUUCGUCGGGGCAUUACCCACCGACUGAACAAGCAGGUAAUUGAAGAAAACAACAACCGACAGGAAACUAUCACGGUGCAGAACAACUUCCAGCAGUUCGAAGCUCAUGUGCUGCAGACCAUCCAGGCUGCCAUGGAACAGCUGGUCGUCUUCAUUACGGGACAGUCCGAGCGCCACAGGACCAUGUACAGCGAUAUUCUUGGCAACCUGCAGAGAAUCCCUGCCGAGUUCGAAUGGGUGAACUUUAUGACCAGGAACGCGGCCGCGCUUGUCGACCCAGACGCUCCGCCGAGGUCAAUCUCGAACAUCUCCUUUGCCAACCAGGACCACCCCACAACGCAGCCGCUGAUUUCAGGAACCCUGCAGCGCAAGUCACGCAUGGCGCUCAAGGGCUUCAGCAGCUUCUUCUAUGUCGUUACUCCUGCCCGAUACCUGCACGAGUUCAAGGACAACGACGACUUCAACCGAGACCCUGCCCCCGAAAUCUCCCUAUUCCUCCCAGACAGCCAUAUUGUCUCGAUCGACGAAGUCAAGCAGACCUUCACCAUCAAGGGCAAAGACGUCUCCAGCAACGCCGUCGGCAAUGCCUUCCACACGAACUCCGAGUUCGUUUUCAAGGCCAGCUCCGCAGCCGACGCGAAGGAAUGGGUGAACAUCCUCAAGGAAGCCGCAAACACACCCAUCGCUACCACCACCGCUGCUACUGCCGCCGCUGUUAGCCCGUCGUCCGCUACCUCCCCGACUAGCCCUGGCGCUGCAUCCGCAACCGCUCCCGGUGCCGCUCAACCCCCGGCAUACGAGAAGGAAUCUUCCGCUGGCAGCCCACCGGCCGUGAGCCGCACUAACACCACCACUACGACAGGCAGCUUAGGUGAGAAGGUAACCUCGCCUGUUGCCGAGAAGACGGAGGCCACCGCCACUGGCGCUGGCACUGGGCCGGCAUCAGCAGCUGGGGCUGAAAAGGAUUUCGCCUAG